GUACUUGAUGGUGCUCCGAAGCGACUACGAUGAAUAGUAUAGCGUUUUGAAUUUCUGAACAAAUAAAUUAUAUUAGUCAAAAUGGCAACGAGAAAUUUGACGGAACCGUUCAUUUUAAUGCGUAAUAAUGCAUUACAAAGCAAACACAUAUACGCUGAACAGAAUCUGUCCGAUCGAAUGUCGUUAGUGGCUUCGGAGACUGGCAGCUCUGAUAAUGUAGAAUUGAGGAACAUCAAUUUGGAGAGUAAUGCACCACCUGUUUGGAUAGACUCCUUGGAAGAAACACAAUAUAUUUUAAGUAGAUUACGCGUGAAGAUAGACAGCUUAAUAGAGUUACAAGCUAAACAGUUAACUAGGCCGACAUUAGAUGAUACAUCAAAGGAAGAAAGACAAAUGGAGCAACUGACGCGAGAAAUAGGACGCGCGUUUUCUAGCGGUUAUAGUCAAGUGCAGACUAUUAAAACUGCGACAAGGCAUACUAAUAAACCUAUAGAACGUCAGUUAGCUACGAGCGCGGUAAUGGCUCUUUCGACCGCUUUGCAAGAGCUGGGUAUUCGAUAUAGAUCAGCUCAGAAUCACUACUUAACACAGAUAAAAUCGAGGGAAGAGAGGAGCAAUCAAUUUUUUACCGAAGAUCAAUCGAUAUUUUUAAAUAACGCCGCGACCGAUACGUGGCUGAUGGAAUCCAAUGAAACGAAUUCGGAGAGUUGGCACAACAACGAGCAACGACAAGACUCUGUACUUUUGCAAUUAGAAGACACGGAAGAUAGAAUGAAAUUAGCCGUGGAAAGGGAAGAACAAAUUGGCAACAUAGUUCAAAGUAUAGCGGAUCUACGGUAUAUAUUCAAAGAUUUAGCAAAUAUGGUGCAGGAUCAGGGCACUAUCUUGGAUAGAAUCGAUUAUAACGUUGAACAAACACAAGUACAAGUACAGGAAGGCUAUAAACAAUUGAAAAAGGCAGACUCUUACCAAAGAGCCAAUAAAAAAUUAUAUUGUAUAGUCGUUCUUGCCGGGGCUAUUAUUCUAGUUAGUUUUCUUUUCAUCGUAUUCAAAACAUAAGACGCAAUAUUAAU